UAUACUGUAUUCAGCGGCGGCAACACGAUGAGCAAAUAAUACGUUUUGUUUUGUUCAUCCUCAACUUAAAUUUUACCUGUAAACUCAAUGGAUUUCCUACUAAAAUCGUCCCUACCAUAUAAAUCAUAUAAAAAAAAAUAUGUUUUUAAAAAAAGACGGGUCCAUCAAUAAAAUACACAUCUGUUCUUAGAAUGACUUCUUCCGAAAGGUUUUGGCCGAACAAUGCCUGCAGGUCAGCCAGACUGUGAGGAGCCCAAAGGUCCCGGCGACCCAAUGUCUACCUUUUCCGCCCCCUCCACCACACUAUCGUCCGUUCAUACCUGGUGUGUAUCUAUUAUGUUUUUGAAAUUUCUCCGUUCUGUCGGCAUAUAUAGGUACGUUCGUUUUUGGCGGUGCCCUCACUGCAGUACACGUCUAGUGUUUGUAUAGUAUUCGACGGUCUGUACAACUGCGGUGGUGGUCAGUGAGUAAGUGUGCUUCGACCGUAAAACGCAGUUUUAAUACAUGUGCCGGGAAAACAUUUUGUCACCGGCAGUCGGGACUAUGUGCCAAGAUUUGAAAAUGAAAACCAAAAGGAAAUGUUACAGGAAAUCCCCGUUGUCGAUGCCCAAAGAGAUGAGAGAGAGGAGCAGAAAUGCGGCAAGGACACGUAGGGAGAACGAGAAUGCCGAAUUCCUAGAGUUGGCCAAACUCUUGCCAUUACCAGCUGCCAUUACUAGCCAAUUAGAUAAAGCUUCAGUCAUUCGGUUGACCACUAGCUACUUAAAAAUGAGACACGUCUUCCCUAACGGUUUGGGUGACGCUUGGGGUGCAGCGACUCCAGCAAACCAUGCGAAAGAAGCUUGCAUUAAAGAGCUUGGUUCGUAUCUGCUACAGGUAAAUAUAUUAAAGAGUCUCGAUGGUUUUAUAUUCGUCGUAGGCGGCGAUGGUAAAAUCAUGUAUAUAUCUGAAACAGCGUCCGUUCAUUUGGGAUUGUCACAGGUGGAAUUGACUGGUAAUAGUAUAUUUGAAUAUAUCCAUCAAGCUGAUCACGAUGAAAUGAUAUCAGUGCUUAGUCCACCUCUUCCUCAAAAUCUUCCAGCAGAGAACAUGAUGAUGAAUUCAACCGUGUUUGAACUUCCACGUGUAUUUUUUUUACGAAUGAAAUGUGUAUUGGCAAAACGGAAUGCAGGGCUUACGACAGGAGGAUACAAGGUAAUACACUGUUCUGGUUACUUAAAAGUGAGACAAUAUCCAGCCGGAAUGCCCGGGGUAGAAACCGUUGGCCUAGUAGCAGUUGGUCAUUCGUUACCUCCACAUGCUAUCACAGAGAUUAAAUUGCACUCAAAUAUGUUUAUGUUUCGAGCGAGUUUGGAUUUGAAGCUCAUAUUUCUAGAUGCCAGAGUAUCUCAGCUGACAGGAUACGAACCUCAGGAUUUGAUCGAAAAGACACUCUAUCAUUACAUACACGGCAACGAUAUCCAUAACAUGAAACUCUCGCAUCACACACUGUUAUUGAAAGGCCAAGUCACCACGAAAUACUACAGGCUGUUGGCCAAAGAUGGUGGUUGGGUGUGGGUUCAAAGUUACGCCACUAUAGUUCAUAAUAGUAGAUCUUCAAGGCCUCAUUGUAUAGUUAGCGUAAAUUACGUACUGAGCGAGUCAGAAAUGAAAGACGUCUGCUUGUCCGUGCGCAACAGCGGCUGCGCGACGUCACAGAACGGCAAUGAAGACGCUGCAAUUCAAAACAAACCCAGCAAAGCGCAACAAAGCCAAAGGCAAUCGAACCAAAAUCACAGGUACCACAGGCCACCGGUGGUCACCGACGAAGAGUACAGUGAUUCCAGUGGCGGACUUUACAAUGACUACGUGAGCAGUAACAGCGAACCGCAAUCGCUGGUCAACGGCCCUGUCAGCGGUGGCGGCGGUGACGGCACAGGCCACCACCAACCGCCUCACCUGAACAUGAUGCCGGCGACCAACAUGUACACGGUCGAUGAGUAUAAUAUCACCUAUCCAGAGUUUUUCUACCCGUACGACCAGACUACUUGCGCGCGGCCGUUCAGCUCUGCCUCCAGCUGCUCCAGUUCGAACGAGAGCGACCGGAUGCAGCUUGCACAUCAGGCCGGUGUCGGUGGAUACACGCCACCCGCGGCUAUGCUCAUGAGCGCCAGUGGCCACCACGACGACCAUCACGCCGCGGCCGCGUACCAGGCGUUAACGCCAAUCGGCGCCUCCGUGCCUGUGACGGUCGUCGGUCACCACCACGGUGUCAUCGUCGACAACCAACACUACACCGCCGUCAACGAGUACGUCCACUGAUCGUCCGCCGCCGGACGUACCUACGUAAAACGUCAUGACAUGGAGUAGCUGAACAUUUUUUCGCGCCAAAAUUCUAACGCUGAACGACUGCGAUUAAACAUAUGAUGUACAUAAUAUUUAUGUAUACAUAAAGGUGUAUGAUCACAUAUAUAUAUAUAUAUAUAUAUAAUUUAGCGUAUAGGUAAUAUAAAAUAGUAAUAAUUAUGAUGUAUAAAUAUUAUACGAGUAGAGCGAUGACAUAUAAAAUAUCGCUGUCGUGCGCCUUUUUACCGUAUACCUAAGACUUAGUAAGUCCUAAAUAUGGUGAUGUGUUGUACGCGGGAUUGCUCGAUCGGAAGUCGCGACCAGUUGUCAUUCGUGUGUUGUAGGACUGGCGGCAUCGAGUGGUUGGCCUGAAAGUUGGUUGUUCGGAGACCGCGCUUGAUCGCCACAUAUAUAAUAUUUAGUGUUCACGGCCGUAUAAUAUAAAGCUCGAGAUGGUUACAUAGUCAUACCUAUGGGGUAUGGCACACGAUAAGACGACGGGCGAGCUGCAAAAUAAUGCGACGCACGGGAGACGUUUAAUAUGCACAAAAAUAACAAGCCUCCGUGUAGGUACCUUUACAGUUUACAAUCAUAUACGGCAUAUUAUAUUUUUGUGUACAAAUGAUCUUCGUCGGUAAUAAUAUAAAAUAUUAUUCCACCACUUAGCCAAAACGCGGUUUCUGGUUUAUGUCGAUUAUAUAAAAUCAUACGUGUAUAAUGUACCUACCUGAGGUAACCUACCUGAGGAUCAGGACUAUUUCAAAGUAUACCAGCUGUGCAACCGUAAAGGGCAUACAUAUAUAUUAUAUUGUGUAUCUGAAAACAACUUAAACUUUCUUUUACAUAAUAUAGAAAUACAUACAUUGGAAUGUUUCAAAACAUUCAAUACGCGCGUGCUCCGUGCUGAUAUAAUAAUAAUUUGAUUUAUAGUAAAUUUUAACUGUACAUAAUCUUUGCACUGACAAUUUUGCGUCAUGAUUAUAAUAAUAUUUAUGUAUCGUAUAUAUAUAUAUUAUAUAAGUAGAUUUAUACUUAUUAUUCCUGUUAACUCUGU